GUCGAUUUUCGAGCAGGUUGCACGUUGUAAAACAAUGUUGAAAAAAAUAAACCUUAAUUCUUUAAUUCCACUGGCUCAGAGGACAUGCUUCCGUAAUUAUUCUCAAGAACCUGCUGCCGUAGAAACUGUGCAUGAUGAUGAUUUCCGAGUGCUUAAUUUAAGGAAAACUAAAGGAACACAGCAGCAAUUGUCAAGAAGACCAAAACCACCAGAUGUUCCACCUCCACGAUAUAAGCAAAUGGCAGUUGAUCAAGAUUGGGGUGCUGUAUGGCCUGGUCCAAAGACAUUUCAUCCAGCGUCAGUUCCACUACCUGUUAGACAAGGGUGGGUUCCAUUGAAUAAGACAGUUCCUGGAAAAUUUGCAAAUGCUGAGCUUAUGAAAAUACCAAAUUUUCUACAUUUAACACCUCCAGUCAUAGCUAAACAGUGUGAAGCUUUAAAGCAGUUCUGUACCCCAUUUCCAAAAGGAUUAGAGACAGAAGAACAGCAAGAAAAGCACUUUCCUGUGCAAUUUAUAUCUUCAGAUUAUGUUCAUGGAUUACCGACAAUUAGAAAUCCACUAUCAAGAAUUGUUACUAUUAAAUUGAAAUUAAGUCAAUUAAAGCUUGACGAACAUGCUAGAGACAAAUUUUUACGUUUAAUCGGCGAACGAUACAAUGAGGAGACAGAUGAGAUAACUAUUGUUACUGAUAGAUGUCCAUUAAAGCAGCAAAACUUUGAUUAUGCUAUGUAUUUAUUAACUGCUCUUUAUCAUGAAUCAAGGACAGUAGAAGAAUGGGAAAGUAGCAAACAAGAAGGCGAUAUGGAAUAUUACAAUUGGCAUAAUAAUCAAUCAAAAGUUACAUCAACUGAGGUCCUGAAUUGGGGCUUGCCUGGUGACAGUAAAGUUGAGCCACCACAAGAAUAUAUUUCUUGUGUCGAGAACUUGAUGAAUGAAGGCGAAAAUGAGUAUAAUAUAAAUAAAUAUAAGGAAUCAGUAGUCAAAAUGCUCGGACUUGCUUGACACCAUGUUGAUCCUAAAGAAAUCAAGCCAGCAGAUACCAAAAAGCAAGAAAAUAAGAAAGAUGAAGUAACAAGAAAAUUUUGGUAUCAUCCUUGAAACAUUUCGCAUCAAUAAAAUGUAUAAAUUUUUAUAGAUUAUAACAGCUUUUAGUAAGAAAAGUAAUAAAAUAUCAAUAGAUCAUGA